AGCCAUGUAUUCUCGAUCAUUUUAGAGCUAUGCUGUCAUGAGAGCUGCAUUCACCCAUGAGCAACGUUUUGCAAGGCUUUUUCUAAGCACUGCAAUGUAUUCCUCUGAGUCCCUCUUGCAUGCAUACUGAUGAUGUGUGUCAUUCUAGGCUCUGCUGAAUUUGGUGGUGCAGCAAGAAUCAUGGCUGGCCUUCUUGCCUUUGAAAUUUGCCUUUGCUGCCCUGCUGAGAAGAAGAGCCCUCUCAUGCAAGCUUUUAAUUGAGACACAGCCCCGCUCUUACAAUAACCCGCAGGUUUUGCCCUCAUUCUCCUAAGACCAUGGGUGACAUGAAAACACCAGACUUUGAUGACCUGCUUGCGGCCUUUGACAUUCCUGAUAUGGUUGAUCCCAAGGCCGCUAUUGAGUCUGGCCACGAUGACCAUGAGGGACAGCUAAAACACAGUGUCCACCAUGAAGAGGACUCCGAUGUCUCCUCUGGUCCAGACAUUGGGGUUAGUGUCAUAGUCAAGAACGUCAGAAACGGCAGUGAACUUGCUCUCUCAGAAAAGGAUGUCCACCCUGCUGUCGGAAAUGGAGUGCACAAUGGUUCCUCGCCCAUGACACCCAACAACAGAUACAACAAGGAGAACGACAAGCUCCAAAAGAGUGAAAUUCAUGGAAUGGCAGGAAAUAUUGCCACAUUCAACCAGUUUAGUCCCAUCUCUAGUGCUGAGGAGUUUGACGAUGAUGACAAGAUUGAAGUAGAUGACCCUGCUGACAAACAAAGUAAUUUACCUUUCAGACCUAACCCUGUAAGCGGUCUAAGAUUGAAGAUUGAAGACCAGCGUUCUCAGCACUCCAAGCCUGUAAUGUCAGAUGGUCCAUCAAAGCCUAGAGCGAUUGGCAACCACAAUCAUUUGAAAGUUGUGAAUAGUAAAGCCAACGGACACUCAAACCUAUAUGACACUCAAAAACCAAGAAAAAUUGAGGAGCAGCCCAAAGAAAUCUCCAGGUACCAAGAUGCUAAAGAGCAAAGAGAACCAGUUGUUGGGAUGACUGCAACCAACCUCUCUCAAUCCAAGGCCAAAUCAUCUUUAAAGCUUUCAUCUUGUAUUGCUGCAAUUGCUGCACUCAGUGCAAAGAAAGCUUGCACAGAAUCAACAUCUCCAGAGUCCCUUUCCACACCUCGAGAUUCACCUAGAGAGGCUAAAGAGAUCCCCAAAGUUACAGAGAAACUUCCAGAACAGGAGUCAUCUCUGGAGCUUCCCAAGAAGGUGCUCUCAAAACAGCCUGAGAGCCCUUGCAGUGUUACAAGUGAAAGCAGCAGCAAAGGGUCUCCUUCAUCUCCAGCAGGGUCCAUCCCAGUCAUUCCCAAAGUCCGCAUCAAAACCAUCAAGACAUCUUCAGGGCAGAUCAAGAGGACAGUGACCAGAGUGCUGCCAGAGUUUGAUCCUGAAGGCUUAAGGAAAGGUAUCGAUUCUCCAUCCAAUGUUGUCUCGUCACUGCUGUCAUCGUCAACCUCGCCUUCUGUCUUCUCAUCUUCCACCAGAACAACCCUACCUACCAAAGUAGUAGCAACUUCUGCUGGUUCUGCCAUUGAGGUAACAAAGCAAAUGACCAUUAAGCCGGUGGCCACUGCCUUCUUACCUGUCUCAGCCGUCAAGACUGCAGGCUCCCAGGUAAUAAACCUGAAACUUGCCAACAAUACGACUGUGAAAGCCACGGUCAUACCGGCGGCAUCUGUUCAGAGUGCCAGCAGUGCCAUCCUCAAAGCUGCUAAUGCCAUUCAGCAACAAACUGUCAUGGUGCCUGCUUCCAGCCUAAACAACACCAAACUUGUGCCAAAGACUGUCCACCUCACCAACUUGAAUCUUCUGCCACAGAAUGCGUCAACGGCCGAGCUCCAUCAGGUACUGACCAAGCCCCAGCAACCCAUCAAGCAAGCCAUGUUGGCCCAACAACAACAAAAGAAAGUCUCCCGGGUCCAGGUUUUAACCAGCUCUCAGAGCUCGGUGGUAGAGGCCUUUAACAAAGUUUUAAGUGGCAUUAACCCUGUGCCAGUUUAUGUACCCAACCUCAGCCCUCCCACUUCAGCCUGUAUUUCUUUACCAUCCCGUGGCUACAAAUGUUUGGAAUGUGGUGAUUCUUUUGCCUUGGAAAAAAGCCUCACUCAGCAUUAUGACCGUAGAAGUGUCCGCAUUGAGGUCACUUGCAACCACUGCGCCAAGAAUCUGGUCUUCUACAACAAGUGUAGUCUUCUGUCUCAUGCCAGGAGCCACAAAGACAAAGGGGUCGUCAUGCAGUGUUCACAUCUCAUCUUGAAGCCAAUUCCAGCUGACCAGAUGAUCCUGGCACCAUCGGCAAACUCCAGCGCCCCAACCUCUUCAGCUAACCUUGGAUCCUCCAUAGGGGGGAGUCAAGGGAAGGGAAACCCAACCACAGUGAUCUCUGCUCCCUCUAUGGCUCCUGUUGUGGCUGCCAUGCCCUUGGACAAGGACACCUCCAAAGUUUGCAGAUCGAGUUUAAAGUGCUUGGAAUGUAGUGAGACAUUUCAGGAAGAGUCAUCUCUUGCAAUGCACUACCAGCAGGCUGCUGAGUCAGGCGGGCAGAAAACCUGCACCAUUUGCCAAAUGCUACUGCCAAACCAGUGCAGUUUUGCCUCCCAUCAACGGAUCCAUCAGCACAAGUCUCCAUAUAUCUGCCCCGAGUGUGGAGCUAUCUGUCGAUCUGUCCAUUUUCAGUCCCAUGUGACCAAGAACUGCCUGCACUACACACGCCGAGUGGGCUAUCGCUGUGUACACUGUAGUGUCAUCUUUGCUGACGUUGCCGCCCUCAAAUCACACAUUCAGGCAUCCCACUGUGAAAUCUUCUUCAAAUGCCCCAUUUGCCCCAUGGCUUUCAAAUCUGCACCGGGUACACAUUCCCAUGCCUACACUCAGCACCCAGGAGUUAAAAUUGGAGAGCCCAAGUUGAUCUACAAGUGUCCCAUGUGUGACACCGUUUUUACCCAGCAGACGUUGCUGUAUACGCACUUUGACCAGCACAUAUCCAGUCAGAAAGUGUCUGUCUUCAAAUGUCCAGACUGUUCCAUGCACUAUGCCCAAAAGCAGCUAAUGUUGGAUCAUAUUAAAUCCAUGCAUGGCAUCUUGAAGACCAUCGAGGGUCCUCCAAACCUUGGCAUCAAUCUCCCGCUCAGCUCCAAACCUACUAAUUCAAUGAGCUCCUGCCCCAACAACAAAGAGGGUGGCUCUAUAAACAGCCUUGAGAAGGGAGAGAAGAAGCUGUCAUCCCCGACAAAGAAGAACAGCAAUGGGACGGAUAAUCCCAAAAAUGUCCAAUCCUCCAAUUCCGGUCCUGGCUGGACCUGCUGGGAGUGUGACCGGCUGUUUACACAGAGAGAAGUCUUCAUCUCGCACAUGAAGAGAGAGCAUGGGAAGCAAUUGAAAAAACACCCUUGUCGGCAGUGUGAUAAGUCCUUUAGUUCCUCGCACAGUUUAUGCAGACACAACAGAAUCAAACACAAAGGCCUGCGGAAGGUCUACUCAUGUCCACACUGUCCAGAACCCAGUCGCACAUUCACUAAAAGACUGCUGCUAGAAAAACACAUUCAGCUGAUGCAUGGCGUCAAAGACACGAAGGCCAAGAUUCCAGCAGAUUCCAACAGCACAGAUGCCACUGCGGACAAUGAGCAGGUACCCAGUCCUAAACGCAAGCGCCUCUCUGAAGAUGAGGACGCUGAGGGAGAAGAUGAAGUGAAGGAGGACGGAAAGGGCGAGUCUCCCGUUGAGCAGCACAAGAGCUCUCCUUCACAACCUCUAAAGAAGCUCAAGAUUGAUGUUUUCAAGACACACAAAUGCGCAGUGUGCAGCUUUACCACUGAGGACAUUGUGCGAUUCCACGAACACAUUCCCCAGCACAAGACUGACGUCUCGUCUUACCAAUGCCGCGAGUGCGGCCUGUGCUACACCUCGCAUCACUCCCUAGCCCGACACCUGUUCAUCGUUCACAAGUUGAAGGAGCCACAGGGACUCAGGCGUCACAAUGGGCAUCAAGAGAACACACCGAACCCCGAGGCUAAUGACGAUAUCCCGGAUACGCAAUGUAAAGUAUGUUCCAAAACUUUCGAAACUGAGGGAGCCUUAAACACACACAUGCGGACACACGGAAUGGCCUUCAUCAAGUCCAAACGACUAAGCACAGCUGAGAAAUGAGAGAGAGGUAGUGCCCUCUUGUGGAUGCAUUGCAAAAAUCUUUUUUUUAAUCAAUAUUUUGUCUUGUUUUCCAGGAGAAAUAUCUAAACAUCAUUAAAGCAAAAUGGUGUAAGAAAAUGAGGUAAUAACUUGUUUUCAUAGAAUAUAUCUUGAAUUAAGUUAAUCGUCACUGUAUAUUGUUUAUAUAACAAUGCUUAAAUAAAUAAAUGUAAUUCAAGAUAACUUAUGAAAAUAAAGUCUUAAUUAAGUUAAUCUUUUUUAAAGGAUGUUUUGAUAUUUUUACUCAAAAACAAGACAAAAUGCUGAUUAAAAAAAAAGAUUUUGUGUGUUGCCAAUUUUUUGUAAUAUGUUUGUAUGUUGUAAUAGAGACUGUUUAGAAGCGUUCAUGUCAUAUCUUCUCUCUGGCCUCGUUGUAUGCUCAUCUAUUGUACAUACGUAUACAGAUAUACAUACAGUAUAUAUGAAAUGUAUAAAUCUAUACACACAAAAUGUGUUUAAAGAUGUGUAAUAUAUUAAAAUCUGAGUUACAUGUAUUUAAAAUGUAUGAGAACAUUUUGUAUUCUUUAUGAUAGAUGUUUUUAUGGGUGUUGGAUCGAUCUUUUUUUUAUAGAUUCUUUUCAUUUCUAUUUUAGACAGUUCUCAUUGUUUACUCAUGAGAGCAGAUAAUGUAUCAAUCGUAGGAUAUACAUUGAGUCCUGAGUUUACUUGCCGUGUUCCAAUUCUCAAACUGCUGCUGAAAGUGCACAGAAUGUUCUAUCAGUGAAACAUGUUUAACUUUAAGGACAAUCAGUCCAAAAUGUACAAGCUAACUGAAUAGUCUCUAAAAGCAGUUGAAAAUGAAAUUCGACUGGGGAAUUUGUCUGUGAGCGAAAGCUUUUACUUGAUGUGAAUUUCUGUUCUGUGAAUUAGUCUAAAUUUAAAAAUAAUAUAACCUAACACUAUAUAAUAACAAGACACGAAUUUUGAUUUUAUAUAUCUCAGCCACUGCCAAGAGAUUGUGUUGAAUCGAUGUGUGCUUUCGAAUUUUAGGGUGUCUUAAAGGGAUAGUUCACCCAAAAAUGACAAUUCUGACACCAUGCAUUUACUCACCCUCAUAUUGUUCAAAACCCAUAUGACUUACUUUCUUCUGUGAAACACAAAGGGAUUAGGCAGAAUGACAGCCUCAGUCACCAUUCACUUUCUGUGUAUGGAUAAAUGAUGCAAUGAAAGUGAAUUGUGUUCCACGGAAGAAACAAAGUCAUACGGGUUUGGAACAACAUGAAGAUGAGUAAAUGAUGACAUAAUUUUCAUUUUUUAACUUUUCCUUUAAUACCAGUUUUGUUUUGGUAUCCUCACUCCAUUUCUUCUCAGGCAGCUUGUUCCAAAUCAUAACUUUUAGUUGAGUUGUGUUUUAUGGCAAUUGUUUUUGAAGCAUUAUUACUUCACUACAGUAUGCCAACUUUGGCAUUUAAUAUAUAUAUAUAUAUAUAUAUAUAUAUAUAUAUAUAUAUAUAUAUUUCGAGUUUUUUAUUUUUGCUUCUAAGUAAGAUAUACUACUCUUAAGUGCUUGUUUUCUUCUUGAAUUCAGUUACUCAUAAGUGCUUGUAUGUAACAGAGUGGUCAAGUGCCUCUGGCGCUGGAAAGCCAAAUGUAGAUUAGCCAUUUACGUCUCCAAUUUUAUUUUAUUUUAAUUUUAUUUUGGCCAAAAAUGUCACAGGAUGUUUUUAAAAGUGUGGUGUUCCACUGAGUCAGUCAUAAGAGGAAUAGUUUACCCCAAAAUGUAAAUUCUGUCAUUUAAAUUUACAUUUUUGGGUAAACUAUUGCUUUAAAACACCUGCCCUAUAAAUGAAUGUUUUGGUAAAAAUAUGAAAUAAGCUGUUCUUUGGUUUAUUUUAUCCAUUGUUCCACUCAAAGGGAUAGUUCACCCAUAAAUGAAAGUUCUGUCAUCAUUUAGUUCCCCUGAUGUUGUUCCAAACCUUUGAGUUUCUUUCUUUUGUGGAAUAAAAAAGAUAUUUUGUGCACAAUGCAAAAAAGCAGAGUUAUCAUUUUGUGUUCCACCAAAGAAAGAAAGAAAGUCAUAAGGUCCGGAAUGGCAUGAGGGUGAGCAGCUGAUGACCGAACUUCCAUUUUUGGGUGAACUGUCCCUUUAAGUCAGCUGUUUGCUGUAGCAUUUUGAUUCAGCAUGUUUCACUUUAAAGAGUUGACCUCAGCAACAAUUGUGAAAGUACUACGGUUCUAUUCUUCAAUGUUAAUAAUGUUUUCAUUUAUCCUGGAUUCCAUCUGAGUACACGAUUAUUUGGGUUUGUUUUCCUUUUUUUUUUUUGGGGAUAAAUGAGUACUAUUGAGGACACAUACAGUAUGUGCAUGAGAGAAGCCAUUCACAGUGGUUGUUCUGUUUUAUAGAAUGUCUUGCUGCUGUUCGGUUGACUUGUUGUAUGUUUGUAAAGAAAAAGUUAUCAUUAAUAAAUGAUACA